GAUGUCCACAGGAGGAGAAGGAGCCCUGUCUGGCCGCCUGGCCAUAGUGACUGGCGGAGGAGGAGGCAUCGGUGGCGCCGUCUGUCGGGUGCUGGCGGAGAAAGGAGCCCGUGUGGUGGUCGCCGGACGCACGCUGGAAGCGGUGGAAGCUGUGGUCGCGGCGCUGCCAGGUUGCCUCGAUCACCGAGCCAUGCAAGUGGACGUUGGUGACGCAGCCUCGGUAGAGCGCCUAUUUGACGCCGUGAAGACGUUCAGCCCAGUGACCGCCAAUAUUCUGGUCAACUGCGUCGGCUAUGUGGACUUAGAGACACCGACGGCUGUCGAUAUGAGCGAGGACAGCUUCGACCGCACGGUUCGGGUAAAUCUCAAGGGCCCGUUCCUGGUCAGCCGAGCAGCGGCGCGUGCCAUGCUGCAAGCCGGGGUCACGGAUGGAGCAAUUGUCAACGUGUCCAGCCGUGCUGCUAACGAUGCCAUGCCGCGCUUCUCGGUAUACGCUGCCUGCAAAGCCGGGAUCGUGUCCUUUACGCGCUGUAUGGCGGCCGAGCUUGCUUCGCGGGGCAUCCGCUGCAAUUGCGUGAUGCCCGGACUGACGGAUUCACCGCCCGUGCUCAGCAUGCGCGAUGAAAUGCGCAACGCCCUGUGUGCAAGUAUUCCCCUCGGUCGACCAGCCACCACCAGAGAAAUCGCAGAAGUCGUUGUGUUCCUCUGCUCUGACGAGAGCUCGUACGUGGUGGGCGCCGCUUGGGUUGUGGCCGGAGGGAAGCAGUAGACGAGCCACUAGCAAGAGUCCUCCGGGGAGGUUGAUACAAGGGGUGUCCUAGCUAAUGUCAGUACGGAUCUGAAAUAACAAAUACUACUGCAUUCUGCACAGAUGAAGCUUACAUGUACGAUAGUGUUCGCAAUUACCUUUUUUUAAAGACGCGAUGUAAUAGGAUUAGCUGGCGCCUUUAGGCGGCACCGGCUACUCUUCGUCGCUUGGCAAAAAAAUAAAUAAAUAAAAUUUGAUAUAAUUUGAAUCGAAAUGCGGUCAACAGUAUCACGAGAACAGCCAGCCAGCAAUACCACAAAGCAAUUUUAUUCUGUACACGAAUCGAGGGACGCCCAGAAGGUGAACAUUUUCUAGAAGGUGAACAUCUUUUUUUCAGAACUUGAACAUUUUCUAGAAGGAGAACCUCUUUUCCGAGGAGGCAUAAAGAAGCUCCUACUAGGGGCAUCAUAUCUGUGCCGUCCUGAGAGCCCACGAUGCGAUGACCAGGCUCGGCCUGCCUGUCGCAACGUGGGAGCGGGCCGCAGCGCGAUGAUCGCGUAUCUCAGGACUCUCAGUAAAUUUUUUCAUCCAUCUACCUAUCCAUAAAGAUAUUCAGUUACCCAGAUGAGUACACAGACCAUAAGUAUACUCUUACAUAAUAUACCAAAUAAACCGUUGUCAAACUAACAAGUAUAGUCAUUG